GCGGCGGCCGGGAGCGCAGCGGAGCUCGGCGGCGGGGCAGGCGGCGGCCGGGAGCGCAGCGGAGCUCGGCGGGCCGCGGGGGGCGCCGCCAUGAACGCGGCGGUGGUGAAGCGGACGCAGGAGGCCCUCGGGAAGGUGAUCCGAAGGCCUCCGCUUACGGAGAAGCUGCUGAGCAAGCCCCCGUUCCGCUACCUGCACGACGUCAUCACGGAGGUGAUUAGGAUGACCGGUUUCAUGAAGGGCCUCUACACUGACGCUGAGAUGAAGUCUGAUAAUGUUAAGGAUAAAGAGGCAAAAAUUAGCUUCCUUCAGAAGGCCAUUGACGUGGUGGUAAUGGUUUCUGGAGAGCCGUUGUCAGCGAAACCAGCCCGGAUCGUGGCUGGGCACGAGCCAGAAAGAACAAAUGAGCUGCUGCAGAGAAUUGGAAAAUGCUGUCUCAGCAAGCUGCCCAGUGAUGAAGCCGUGAAGAGGGUGUUGGCUGGAGAGAAGGGGCAUGAGAAGGGAAGGACCUCGCUGACGUCGAAAUCGCAAGCACUGAACAAUAGGGAUGUGAGAGGAAACGAGCCGGGUCAUAAGGAUAAGGAGGAGAGGAGAAACUCUGACAUAAAAGAGAGAAGGGCAAGCAGAGACGGAAAACAGAAGGAGGAACCGGGGGAAGAGAGCAGACGGAGAGCGAAGGGACAGGACCGCGAGAGGACCAAGGAGCGCGGCCAUGACAGGCGCCAGGAUGCGCACAGGGACAGGGCCCGAGCAGGGGAGAGCGAGCGAGCCAGGAACAGGGCCCAGCAGCACGGAGACAGAGACAGAGACAGAGGCAGCCGGGACAGGAGCAGAGACCCGGAGCGCGCCCGCGAGAGGAGGAGCGAGGGCGGCCGGGACAAGGACCGGCCGAGGGUGAGAAACGGGGAGCCCUCCAGGGACCCCGACCGGGAAGGGAGCCGAGAGCAGGAUAACCUGGAGAAAAAGUCACCAAGCCCUGGGGAGGCAGCUGAAAGGUUGGCCGAUGGAUCUUUUAAAGACUCCAAAGCUGAAACAGAGGCUGAGGUUUCUCCUAGAGCAUCCAGGUCAGUGACAACAAAGACAUCGACAUGGCGAUCCAGGAAUUCAGUGGAAGGAACCAGAGAUGCUAGUGCUGACUCAGCUGUUUCAGACGAUAAUGCGACUGGCCUGUGGCAUGAGAACAUUGAACCAGAGCCGGCAGCAAAGCAGAAAGAAGGAGAAGUUGGGCCUUCCGGCCGCGAUGAGGCUGCACCGCCUGUGAGCACCGAGCCCCCGGACGAGGCUCCACCCCACGCCAGAAGGAUACCUCGGCCUGGGAGUGCAAGACCGGCGCCACCCCGGGUGAAACGCCAGGAGAGCUCAGAGGUGCUGCCCACAGACAGGUCAGGGAGUGGUAAACCCGUUUCAAAUGUGAUCAUAGAUUCGCAGAAUUCUGACAAUGAAGAAGACAGGCAGUUUGUGGUGGAGGCUGCCCCCCAGCUCUCCGAGACGGCCGGCCUAGAAAUGGUACAAGCAGUAGAAUUUGAAGAAGAUGAGAAGCAUGGAGGACUUGUCAAAAAAAUUCUGGAGACCAAGAAAGAUUACGAGAAGGUCCAGCAGUCGCCCAAACCUGGAGAGAAGGAGAAAUCACUUGUCUUUGAGUCAGCGUGGAAGAAGGAGAAGGACAUAGUUUCCAAGGAGAUAGAGAAGCUGCGUGUGUCCAUCCAGACUGUGUGCAAGAGCGCGCUGCCCCUGGGGAAGAUGAUGGACUACAUCCAGGAGGAUGUGGAUGCCAUGCAGAACGAGCUGCAGGUGUGGUCCGGCGAGAACAAGCAACUGGCCGAGGCCCUGCGGCAGGAGCAGAGCAUCACAGAUGGUACCGUGGAGCCCCUAAAGGCAGAGCUGGCGGAGCUGGAGCAGCUGAUCAAAGACCAGCGGGACAGGAUCUGUGCGGUGAAGGCCAAUAUCCUAAGGAACGAGGAGAAAAUCCAGAAGAUGGUGUACAGUAUCAAUUUGAGUUCGAGAAGGUGAAAGCUCAGAAGUCUCCAAUGUCACAGAUCCUCCUCACUUUGAAAAUAAAAAGGAAGCGAGAACAUUA